CCAACCCCGGUCCCGCUCCCGCCGCCCCCGCCGCCGCCAUGGGCGCCAGCGGCUCUAAGUCGCGGGGGCUGUGGCCCUUCGCCUCCCAGGCGGCGGGCGGCGGCGGCGCUGAGGGCCCCGGCGGGCAGCAGGCCCUGGCCCGGGCGCGGGCCGCCACCCCCUUCGUCUUCACACGGCGCGGCUCCAUGUACUACGAUGAGGACGGGGAUCUCGCUCACGAGUUCUACGAGGAGACAAUCGUUACCAAGAACGGGAGGAAGCGCGCCAAGCUGAAGAGGAUCCACAAGAACCUGAUACCUCAGGGCAUAGUGAAACUGGAGCACCCUCGCAUUCACGUGGAUUUCCCUGUGAUCAUCUGCGAGGUGUGAGUUGCCAGACAUUGCUGCCCGCAGGCAGGAGGCCCUGCCUCACCACCCCCAGCCUCACCAGGUGAGGCUGUGUUGCGUUCCCACCCAAGGAAGACUCUGACCAUGCGGCAGGGACAGGGGCUUUCCCCUCUCCUGGAGGUGAGGUGGGACAGAGCAGGCCAGGCUGGGCUUGGCUAGCACUCCUCACAGGAGAUGAGUGGCCUUGUGCAACAACUGCUUAAAAACAUCCUCGCUUGAGUCAGAAGACUUAAAAUACCUUUUGUAGCCUCUAGCUGACAUUUGAUGGGUAACUGGAAUUGCAAACAAGCUGCUGUGUUUGAGCUGUUAAAGGGAGAGUGAGCCUGCACUUCUCACCAGAGAAAACCCUCUGCUUCUCAGGUAUGCGGCCCAGGGAGAGCCAAGGCAAGGUAAUGUGCUGCCUGGGGCCCCAAGGUCCCUUGGGCCUGGUGUUUAGAUGGCCAGUGUUGCGGCAUGGUGCUUGACCAUGGGUGUUAGGUGCUGCUCCCCUGGAUGGGUCCGUUGAUGGAGGAUAAAUGGGGCAGGCCAAGGUGGGGCUGGUCUUGAAGCACAUUUGGCUAGCUGUUGCGCUCCUCUUGGGAAAGGGACGGAGAUCAGAUGCUGCUGUCUUGGACCUCGGUUUCUUCCCCGUGUAUGUUUCCCAUUUAUGCCAGCUGUGGGGAGGUUGGCUUUGCCACUGCCUGCAGUCCCCCUUCCUGCAGGAGAUCUCUGUGGUCCGUGGCUACUGCUGAUGGCAGCGAGGUCCCCAGCUCUGCAGCAGACAUGCCACCCCUGUUAGCAAGUGGGCUUCUGCUGAGCCCUGUCCCUCGCCCACUGUGGGGCUGGGCUGCUGGGCAAGGUGUCUCCUCCCCCUGCAGCCAUCUUGAAAGUACCUCCUGGUGGGGUGGGCCUUGACAGAGCCAAGCAGGAAGAAAAUCAUCUCUUCGUUCCCCAUCCCCCAAAAACAAUCGAUUGGUAUCCCUAUCUGGCUUGGAAAUCUCCCUGGCAAUGUGAACUACGGUUCCUCCCGCAUCACAGCUGGUGGCAGGAGGAGAAAUGCGAUGCACUUUAAAGGGAGGCUUUCUGCUCCAUCUCUGAAGGUCCUGCUCUUUUCUCCUCUUUCCUCCUGUUUGAGAAGGUUGAGGUUGGCUUGGCAGCACCAAAAAGCCUCUCACCCCUGCGCAGAGGCCCCGGGGUGCUGAGCCAGCUGCCUCAGGGCCGGGGAGAGGCCUGACCCAUACCACCCCUCGCCAGCAUUAUGAGCCACUGCCUCCCUGCUUAGCUGCCCCCAGACCGGGCAGGUAGAGGAAGACGGUCAGCGGUCACAGCGUUAAACUGGGUCAGAGCCCGCUGCCCACAGCAGCUGGCUUGGCUUUCCUCCUCUUUCGUUCUAGAACUUACUUUCUAAGCACUUCAGAUGUUUGCUACCUCGAUUUUUAAUUUAGGCUGCUGGCUCUUGGCUGCCAGCCCUGUCGGCCUCUGUGUUGGAUGUAUCCAUCCCCACGCCCGCUGAGAGCCGCCCCGGGCGUAGGGCCACAUUCCCAGCUUUGGGGAGGUAACAGCAGCAAGGCUGUUGCUGUCUUCCUGUCACCACCUCUUCCCUCUGUGUCCCCCCACCCACUGUUCCCAUCGACAGGAGCGAGCAUGGAGGGUAAAGCGGAUAUGCUGGCUGCCACUGGGCAGGGAAGCAGGAGGGCAGGGCUGUGGUCUACACUGUGAUGCUGGGCGCUUCUUUCAACAUCUUUUGUUCUCCUGCUUGCUUGAAAGUCUUGUCUUAAAACAAUCCCCCACUGAAGUGUUUCUUAUUUGCACCACCUGCUCUCGAGUUUCUCCUGGGCUGGAUCUCCCUGGGAAGGGCAUCCCUUGGGCUCCACAGGAGAGCAGGAGCUGCUGUCCCCAGGAAGAGGAGAGGAGAGAAAGCCGCAGCUGGGCUGCCUGUGCCACCUUGCCCUGAUGCUAUCUGAGGGCACGGGAAGCUGCACCAAAUCUGUCUCUGGUACAGGAGAAUACAGGGAAAGUGGAAGAGGAGUGGGGAAGGGGCUGGUGCAAUUUGCCUGCCCUAACAGGGUGCCCCUUGCCUGGCUACUGGCCAAAAAUCUGGCUACUGGCCUGAAUGCCUGGGAAGGGGGGGGUAGAGACUGAGACCAGCUUAGCAAGGAUGCUUUUGUCCUCCCUGACAGGCUGCCCACCCUUCCCCCAGGGCAUCAAACAUGCUUCCCCAAAAAAACACGCCUUCUCCCACCACCCCCUCCCCAUGUCAUUGGAGUGGCAGCAAACCUCUGGAGGCUGCCCACAAGCUGCGUGGUGCCCUGCUUCUUCCCAGGCUGGUCUCCUGAGCAACCAGCCCCCAUACCCCCUCCCUUCCGCUGGCCUGUAGCCCUCCUGCAGCAGGGCCUUGGGAGCACCUGGAGGGAUCUAAAAAUGUGAAGGUCGCUGUAAAUAGUAUCUGUGUCCACUGUGGUGUUGGAUAAAGAAAAAAAAAACACAAUUCCUUUCUAAAUUUUUUUUUUUUUACAAUUUCUGUGUGAUGUGCUUUCUUGUGUGGAUGUAUAGCCAAACCAUACUCACUGAUACUAGGCUCCUUGCUCCUUUAAUGUGUGGGUAGGACCCAUGGAUGUGGGAAAUGCACACUGUUUAUGGUCCUUCCUCCUAGUGCAUCUGUCCACUUUUGUUAAAUUUCAAUAAAAUUAUUUGUAGACCCCACAA